UCCAAUUCCAAGCCAAGAUAUUUUUCUGAGGUAAACAUUAGCUUCAUCAUCCAAGAUAUUUGAUUAUGCAAGCUCCAAAUUGGUCAUCGUCAUCGUCUUCUUCUUCUUCAAUGGCUGCUCUACCAUCAGUUGCUCAUUCUUUUCUUAACAAAAGCUGUCCAACUCAAGACCUGAAGAGCAGAAGUUGUCCUAGAUUGUUUGUGCUUGUAGCUUGUCAAAGUCGUGAGCCAAUGGACACAUCUAGCAGCAGCCCAGAGACAAAGAAGGAGAAGAAGAAGGAGGAGAACAAUUAUAAGUUACAGUUUUCACAACUUCUCAUUGGAGCAGAGAAGUUUGGGAAGGGUUUGAAGGAGAAUUUGAGCCCUCAACAGAAGGGGGACUGGAAAGACUUGACUUUAAUGAGUUUAUCAUUUGCUGUUUAUGUGUAUAUGUCUCAGAGGAUUGUUUGUGCUUACUUUGCUUGGAUGUCCAUUCCCAAACAAUCAUGGUAGCUAGCUAGCUUGUCAUGUUCCACCAACCUGUCUGGUAUUGUAGAUUAUUUUGUUGUGUUUGUCUAUGAUGUUCAGAUGGGUUCUGAACAGAUACUGUUUAUAUUGCUUUUUUUUUUUCCUCAGUUUGUCUUCCAAUUUGGUUUCUGGGUUCUUAUGCUGUAAAGAAACUUUAUGCCUUGAUUCAAGUUGUGUCAUGUCUAGGCUAAUUUGAGUUCAAUUCAAUUCAAACUCGAGCUCAACUGCCGAUAUAAAGCUUCAGCUUAAAAUC